ACUGUCGGCGGUUUCCAUCAUCAAUGAUACAAUCAAGUGGAGAAAUCUUGAAUCAUCAGCAAGGGCUUGAACUCGGAGCUUGUUUUAUCCGACUGGAUCUUUUCCCACCAGCCUUCUUUGGCGUUAUUUGUGCGGUUAUAAUUUAAACAUUUCCAUUUAUUCAGGUGUUGAUCUUUUAGCGAUUAAACAAGGGUUUGUUUGCACAAACUGCGCUUAGUUAAACUUGUCACCACUUUGCUGAAAGAUGGCUGACAACGGAGCACACCCGACAGAAGAGGACCCAGCCGCCGCGUUCCUAGCCCAGCAAGAGAGUGAAAUAGCGGGGAUAGAGAACGACGAUGAAGGCUUUGGGGCGUUGGACGACGCGAACAGCCUAGAGCCCCAGGAGCUGCCGACUACAAACUACGACCCUUUUGGAGAGGAGCCUCCCGCAAUGAAUGGGGAUGUGUUUCAGGAGUCCAAUGGUCCAACAGACAACUAUGCUGCCAUCGCACAGGUAGACAUUCAAAGGCAAGAGCCAGAAAGUCUACGUAAGUGGAGAGAGGAACAGAAAGCUCGUCUCGAGGCUUUAGACUCAGCAUCCAAGGCGGCAGAGGCGGAAUGGCGAGAGAAGGCCAAAAAGGAGCUGGAAGAUUGGCACGUGCACCAGACCGAGCAGAUGGAGAAGCACAAGGCCAACAAUAGACUCUGCCCAAGUCUCACACGGAUUGCUGACAAGGCUUUCUACAAACAGCCCAACUCUGAGCUAAUAGGCUUUGUAGCGUCAGAAGAAGCCUUCCUGGCGGAGAACGAUGGUGACGGCCCCGUGUCGUCGUGGGAACGCGUCGCCUAUCUGUGCGACUUCAACCCCAAAACCAACAAGCAGGCCAAGGACGUGUCCAGAAUGCGCUCCGUGCUCAUCUCUCUCAAACAGACCCCUCUCGUCCGUUAGAGGGACUCGCUCGCACUAACUUUGCCUUUUCACUUAAACCACACUCCACACCGGAUGUUUGUAUCCCGUUUUUCAGAAAACUCUGAUUACAGUUUCGAACCCUCCCUCGCUUUUUGAUGCCUAUUUUUAAUGGAAUCUUACUUUGGUGAGGACCAUGAAGGACUGUUCUAUAAUUAUUGUAGGUUUAUCAUCAUUGAAGAAAAUACUAAGUUAAUCAUUACCUACCCUUUUAAAUUAUUUGGGUCAAUUAGAAAGCAUGCCUCUGCCAAGAUUUGAAAUGCACUUUUUUUUUUAAGCCCUUUCUAUUGUAAAACACUUGCAGAAUGUAACCUCAUAUGCCUCUCAGAGAUGAGAACCACUUUGAAAUGUUGGCUGUGCCCUAUGGUAGUUCUUUUAAUUUAAAAGCAGAAGUUGACUUGGCAGCAGGAAAAAUAUUCCCCAAACAUUUUGUAUCUUUAUUCGCAAUAGAAGACUUGAUCCAUUUCUCUUUCAUCCACUUUUCUAAGCUGCAGUGUUUCACAUUCUUUCACAUGUUGCCUAUUUGCAUAUUAUGAAAACUGAGGGAAAUGAAUGUUAAAAAGGAAUUGGUCAAUAAAAACGAGUAAUCACUU